AGAGGUCUAUACCAGUAGUUUCUACACGUGUUUUACAAAAAAAAAAUAAACACACGUUUUGUUGACAUUUAAUAAUAUUAUUAUUAUUAUUAAUUGUUGGCCAAUAAAUUUGAUCGACAGACAAAAAAAAUGACAUUAAAUCAGUCAUCGAUGGACACGACGACGACAGCCGACGAUAAUCUUAUUUUGAAUAUAUUUCAGUCGUCGGACGACAUCGGCAGCCGCGGCGGUGGAAAUAAGUCGGCCAAUAAAAAUAGCCGUAAAAGAUCGGCAGCACCGCAGCCACUAUCGGGAAAGAUUGGCCCGAAAAAUGAUAACAAAUCACUGACAACGACGACAAUAACAACCGAUAGGUCAUCGAAAGGUCCGACGGAGAGGUCUUCUCCAUCACCGCAAAGAUCGGCGACGACGAUGACUUCGUCACCGCCGAAAUGGCCCAGAAAGCAGCCGUCAACUGAUGAUCGGUUUGACGAUAGACAACAACAUCGGGAAGCAGCGGAUAACAACGUCGUCCCGAUGGGUCGCGGCGCCGGUGGUGGAGAUAAUAGACGCGAAAACAAGGGUUUUGCUACUCGUUUUUCGGGUCCAAACCAACGACGACAACAACAACAGCCACACUAUAUGUCGCGACUCUUUGACGGCGCGUCUAAUGAUUUGCCAUCAGUUGAUCUAAUUGAUGCCAAAACACGAGUGGAACCGGUCUUCUCGAGCCAUAAAUACUCAGAACUACCAAUAGAUCCCGUAUUAGUCAAGUGUCUGAAAGAACGAUUCAAGAUUGAAACGACAACUGCUGUCCAACAGCAGGCAAUACCGGUACUGAUGUCGGGUAGCGAUGCCCUAAUCAAAUCGAUGACCGGUUCGGGUAAAACUCUAGCUUUUGCCGUACCAAUUAUACAACGUUUACAAUCAAUCGUACCGCACAUUACCCGUGCGGACGGUAUUCACGCACUGGUUGUUGUACCGACUCGUGAACUGGCUCUACAGUGUUACGAAUGUUUUUUUACAUUAUGUCAGUACUAUCGGCGACUGGUUCCCGGCUAUCUGUGUGGCGGCGAAAAGAAAAAAUCGGAAAAAUCCAGAAUACGUAAAGGUAUUAACAUUUUGGUUACAACACCGGGUCGUCUGUUGGAUCACUUACAGAGUACACAAACACUUCAUCUGAGACGUGUUAAGUGGUUUGUUAUCGACGAAGCCGAUCGUCUACUGGAACAAGGAUUCGAAGAUUCAAUCAAACAAAUUACCGAUCAGUUGCAUAAUGAAUGCUACGAUAGGCCGCAAACUGUACUAUUGUCAGCUACGUUGACCGAACCGGUACAAAAAUUGGCCGGAAUUAGUUUAACACAACCGAAAACUGUCGACAUUGGCGAUGAGGUCAACCUUAACAACAAUAAUCUGCAAACAUAUGUAUUGCCCGAUAAUCUGACCAAUCAUUAUGUAAUAGUAGCGCCAAAACUACGUUUGGUUACACUGUCGGCACUAUUGCUUGAAAAGUGUUCGCUCGUCGAGUCAUCCAAAGCACUGGUAUUUAUGUCGGGUCAGGACGUUGUCGACUAUUAUUGUAUACUAUUUAAUACUGUAUUCAACAAACUGUUGAUUGCAAGCAAUCAUCGGCCGAUUAAUUUCUGUCAACUGCACGGAUCAAUGGAUCAAUCAAAAAGACAACAAGUAUUCCGAGAGUUUCGUCAAACGAGAAACGGUGUCCUAUUUUGUACGGAUGUCGCUGCCAGAGGUAUUGAUGUACCCGAAGUCGAUUGGAUCAUACAAUACAACUGUGCACCGAAACCCGAAGAUUUUGUCCAUCGAGUCGGACGUACGGCACGUAUCGGUAAACUCGGUAAUGCCGUACAGUUUGUUUUGCCCACUGAAACCCGUUUUCUUGAAUUACUACAAAAAGAGUUGAAUAUAAAUCUGAAAGAAUUGAAUGCAAAACAAUUGUUGAAAUCAUUGAUGUUAUUGACAUUUCAACGGAAAGUCUUUACCGAUGAAGAAUACGCUACAGAACUACAGUCUAGCUAUGAAUCGGCAUUGACUGCUGACCAGGAUCUCCAAUCAUUGGCUAAGAAAGCCUAUCUGUCGUACAUUAGAUCCUAUGCUACGUAUCCGAAACAGAUUAGCGAACAGUUACCGUUCAAAUCCAUACAUUUGGGACAUUUGGCCAAAAGUUUUGCAUUACAAGAAUCGCCGAAAGCGUUGGGCGCUUACGGCUAUCGACUGAAACAACAGAGUAUUGAUUUACAACAAAAAUAUAAUAGUUAUAAUCGACGGGUACAGUACAGUGCUGAACAUACUACCGGUGCUUAUCAACCGACUGAUGGUGAUGUUGGUUACGGUAGUGAUGUUGGCGAUAAUGACAACGAUUAUAGUAUACCAUCAGCUGAUGGUAGUGUUAAUGGUGUCGAUCGACUGCAACUACAACAGCCGGCCAUUAAACGACCGAAACUUACUAACGGCGGCAAUCCGUUGCCCAAUGAGAUGAGAAACAGUGAGUUUGGCGGACAACUGAUUACUAAACCCAUACAUAAAAAGAAGAAGUCUUCGGCGGCACCGAAAAAGAAACAUUACUUUUCAGUUAAUAAAUGA